GCCAAUAAAAUCUUAUCUACUGUUUUGAGUUUUUUUUUUUUAGCAAAAAAACUGUUUUUUGCCGGAAAUUUUUGAAAAAAAAUGCAGAAAAGUGACUUGUAUAAUGAUAAACCAGUGGAAGUCGUGCCUUUGAUUGGUGCUCAUACAAUAUAUACAUAGAGUGAAGUUCAGCUUCAAGAGAUCAAUUCUACAAAUCGUCGCUAUUUGCGUUGAGAUGACGCUUGAUUGCACAGAAUAUACGAAAUGAAAACUAUCUCGAAGAAAUGUACGUCAGGAAGCAUGUAUUUUCAUCUUUCAAACGAUUAUUUCCAAUAUCAAUACGUAUAAUAUAAAACUGCAUUAUCGGUUAUCGUUGUGAAGAAUACAAUCAUGUUCAGGAAUACGACAGAUACGUGCAUAUAUAACCACCUCAUUCAACGCGGUGAAAAUUUAUUGAAAGAUAACUCGGAAAAAUACCAUAGCUAUGUUGAUCAGCAGGAAGUAUUGCGGCUUCAAUUUAUUUGGGUGAACAAUGACUACAAGUUUUUAAAAUCUUGGCUAGAUAUAGCCUGUGAAGACAGUUUGAUGAUGAAAUCUGAUCAUGGUGAUUUGGUCUCGCAUUAUAAAGUUCUAUUACAGAAUAACUUGGUUAAAGAAAUUCUCGAUUAUGGAGAAGCCCGAGAAACAUUACAAUUGAGAUUUAUCGCGUUGAUGAGCCAGUGUAAAGAUUUAAAAUCAUGUUUAGAUGCAGCUAAUAAAAACAUGAUAUCGUUGAAAUCAGCUUGCAAUGAUUCUAGCAGAGGUAAUGAAGUAUUACAAAAUAAAGUUUCUACCGCUGAAUUUCUGGACUACUCGAGACAACGUGAAACGCUGCAUUUAAAAUGCGUAGAAGCCAUCGACGAAUGCGAACGUUUGAAUAAACGUCUAACCGAAGCUCAUGAAACCAUCACGUUAUUGAAUUCGAAGCAUGUUGAUUUAGCGUCACGUUUCCAAGUUUUAUCAACGAAUGAAAUGGUGAAAGAAUUUUUUGAUUGCUCAAAAGUUCAAGAAAAACUCCAGCCAAAUGUUACCGAAAAAAUUGAAGAAGACGAAUGUAUAACAUCAUGCAUAGAACAAGCCAAUGAAAACACCAAACUGUUGAAUUUACAACUGACCGAAGUUAAAGAAACUUUACUUAUGGAACGACUUCGAUUCGAGCAAAUUCUUAACGAAAAGCAGUCUUUGAGUCAUUUAUCGGAUCAGCUACGUUGUUUAUUGUCCAAGUACCAAGCCACAAUGAAUGAAGAAAUAGAUGAGAUAUCUACGACGACUGACGAAUCGGCGCAAAAUUCCACUAACAUCUACAACGAAUCUGAUUCAUCUUCUGUUUCAAAAAUCAGUAUUACAGAAAUGAGAAUUGGUACUGAGAACGCGGGCCUGUGUACCAAUUCCAACCUUAAUCAUCAGCAUUCGAACAUUGCUGAAAAUAAUCAUCCGAUCGUCGGUGGGAAUAACAACGGCGAGCCUAAUUCGUCUCAUAUUUCGGAUAUAACUAUUGUAGAAUCGCAGAUUGAGAUCAAAGAGGAGGAUCUUUGUGACGAUUCUAGUCAAGAUCGUCAGCUUUCGAAUCCCGGCGAAAGUAAUGACGAUCUGAUCGAAGUAAAAGAUGAAAUUACCGAUGAAAACACUGAGACUUUGAAUGUUGAUGUUGUCGUCCUAGAUAAAUCAACGGAAAAAUCGAGUGAGACUGACUCAUUGCCAAAGACAAUGAUGGAAUUGGAUGAUGGUAUUUCGAAAAAAUUUCGUUGUGGUGUUUGCGAUCAGUUAUUUUCAACUUCGAGCAGUCUAGAAGAACACAUGAACUCGCACAAAAAAAGGAAGAAUGUACCUUCACGUAUUCCUAGAGUUCGAGAAUGUUUAAAAAUACCCACGACCAGUUCAAAGCAGCAUGUAGACAACUCGCAAGACAAAAAAGAAGAAUGUCCCUCCGAGCCAAGCGUUCUUAAAGAGGCUCCUCUUUUCAGCUGUGCGAAUUGCAAUAAAAACUACCGUAACGAACGCGAUUUUUCCGGUGAUAUGGGAACACACACCAGCAGAUCAGAACAAUCUGCGAAAAACUGUGUAGAAAAUCCAAAAGAUCCCCGUGCCAACGAAAGUGAUCUCAAUAAUGCGGAAAAAUCUGUAUCCAAGCCAGCUAUUCUUAAAACUACACGCCAUUUCUCGUGUACGCAGUGUGAUAAAAAAUAUCCUAACGAGAGUGGUCUUUCUAAUCAUAUGAAAAUGCACGCGAAUAGCUCGAAACAGCAUGCAGUUAAAUCGCAGGAUAAAAAUAACACCGAAAUUCGUCGUGAUUCCUCUUGUUGUCAUUGCGAUGGAAAAUGUUCCAACGAAAGUGAUCUUUCCGGCCAUACGAAAAAACACAAGAGCAGCUCAAAGCAAAGUGCGAACACCUCGAUCAAUAAGAAAAAGAGAAAACGUGCUUACGAGUCGGAUGAUUCUGAAGAUCAUCGUGAUUUCUCUUGUAUUCACUGUGAUAAAAACUACCCUAACGAAAGUGAUCUUUCCGACCAUAUGACGCACAAGAACAGCUCAGUUCUUCGUACAAAAAGUUCUCAAAAUGAGAAGAAGAGAAAGCGAGUAUGUGAGCCAGAAAAUCUUUGUACUUUCUCCUGUGUUCAUUGUGAUAGAAAAUAUUCUGAAGAAAGUGAUCUUUCUGAACAUGUGAAGGAACACACGAAUAGCUUAAAACAACGUGUAGACAAAUCUCACGAUGAAAAGAAAAGAAAUCGAAUAAGCGAGUCAGAAGAUCAUGAUGAUUUUCGUAAUAAAUCUUCUGCUCAUUCUGAUAAAAAAAAUUUGAUGAAAAAAGAUCUACCCUCCAGCAGCCCAAAGCAAAAUUUGGAUAACUCACACAAUAAUAAUAAGAAGAAAAAGCUCAUAUGCAAGCCAAAAGAUCCUGAAGUUUCUGGUAGCAGCUCUUCUGCUCAUUCUGAUGAAAGAAAUCCUACGAAGAAAAAGCUUCCUAAUCUUGCAGCACCAGCUGCCAGCAGGCCAAAACAACAUUUGGAAAACUCGCACAAUAAUAGAAAAACAACGCCCUUAAUUAAGACAAAAGAUCCUAAAAUUUCCAGUAAUAAUUCAUCAGCUCAUUCUAAUGAGAAAAAUCCUAUCAAGAAACGUCUUUCUGAUCUUUCUAAGAAAAAGUCCCUAAGUAAGCCAAAGGAUCCUGAAGUUUCCGGUAGCAACCCUUCUGCUCAUUCUGAUGAAAGAAAUCCUACGAAGAAAAAACUUUCUAAUGUUACGACACCAUCCGUCAGCAGCUCAAAGCAACAUUCGGAGAACUCGCACGAUAAUAUAAAGAAAAAGCUCCUAAGUAAGCCAAAAGAUACUGAAGGUUCUCGUAAUAACUCUUCUGUCCACUCCGAUGGUAAAAAUCCUACCAAAAAAGACGUUUCCAGUGUCAAAAAACCAUCCGCCAGCAGCUCACAGCAACAUACGAAGAACGUACUCAGUCAAAAAAAGAAAAAGCCCGUGUGUAAGCCAAAAGAUCCCAAAGCUUCUCGAAAUUUCUCUUGCGCUCAUUGUGAUGAAAAAUAUUCUAAAGAAAGCGAUCUUUCUGAUCAUAUGAAAACUCACCGAAAGAAUAGCUUAAAUCAAGGUUCGAAUGACUCGUCCAAUCCAAAGAAGAGGAAACGUAUAUGUGAGCAAGAAGAUCGUAGCUCAAAGAAACUUGCGAAAAAUGUGCAUAAUGAAGAGCAGAAAAAUCCCGCAAGUAAACCAAAAGCUCCUAAAGUUUCCGUUAGCAACUCUUCUCCUCAUUGUGAUAUAGCAAAUUCUGAUCUUACGACAUCAACCACCAGAAGCCCGAAGCAACAUGUAAAAAACGCGCACAACAAUAAGAAAAAAUCCCUAAGUAAGCCAAAAAAACCAGCUGAAGUGCCCGGUAAAAGCUCUUCUGCUCAUUCUGGCGAAAAAAGUCCCGUCAAAAGUGAAAUUUCCGAUCUCAUGGAACCGUCUACCAGCAGCCCACAGCAACAUGCAGGGAACUCGCGUAAUAAUGAGAGGAAAGCUUCCAAAUCUGAGCCAAAAGAUCCUGAAGUUCUCGUCGAUAACGUUUCUGCACGUACUGAUGAAGAAAAUUCCAUCAAUAAAAACCUUUCUGAUCCUACUGCACCAUCCACCAGUGGCUCAAAGCGACGUGCAGAGAACUCGCAGAAUGUGACGAAGAAAAAGAAAAAGCCCAUAUGUAAACCAAAAGAUCUUGAAGUUACCAGUAAUAAUUCCUCUGCACAUGGUGAAAGUGAGCUUUCCAAUCUCAUUGAACCAUCUACCAGCAGCCAGAAGACCCAUGAAGAAAAUUCUCGUAAUAAUAAGGAGAAGACGUCCACAGACCAGGCAAAAGAUGCUGAAAUUCUUCGUAAUAACUCUUCUGAACGUGUUGACGAAAAAAAUCCAAUCAAAAAUGACCUUUCCGACGUAACAGAAUCGUCCACCGGAAGCCUACAACAACAAUCGAAUCAGCCGCUCAAUAAGACUAAAAAAAAGCAAACACUCGAGUCACAAGUACUUGAACCUGACAGUCGUCUUCACUGCGCACAUUGUGAAAAAACAUGUCUUCGCAAAAGCGAUCUUGCCAGCCAUGUGAAAACACACAUGAGCAAUUUGUACGAACAAAAUCCACACUUCAUCAAGAAAGAAAUAAGAGAAAGCGAUGAAAUUUAUGUUUAUUACAAUUGUAAAUACUGCGACAAAAAAUAUCGCCGGAAAAAGGAAAUGGUGCAACACGUGAAAAUACACACUGAGCCCGGAUUCAAGGAUACGCUCAAAUGUAACAUUUGCGGAAAGUCAUUUGCCUCGAAAGUGUCGUUGAAUUACCACCAAACCGUGCACACAUCCGAUAAACUUCAUAAAUGCGCAUUUUGCCACGUGCGUUUCAAAAGUAGCAGUAGUAGAAUACGACACGAAAGUAAAUUUCAUAAAUCGGACGAUAAAGUUUAUUGCGCACAUUGCGAUAAAGCAUUUAAUAGGAAAGCCAAUCUAGAGAAACAUAUCGAAGAAAAACACAUCAAUUUUAAAGAAAUACGUUGCGAUAUUUGCCAAAAGGAAUUUCCUGUUCAAUACCUUCUUACCGAACAUAAACGUAUUAUACAUGAGAAAAAACGACCAUUCCAAUGCGACGAAUGUGGUAAAACAUUCAUAACAAAGCACAAAUUGAAAACCCACGAAUUGACGCAUAAACCACGAGAUCAUUCUAACAUGGACACACAUUGCGAUCUCUGCAAACGACAUUUCAGCUCCAAGAGUAACCUAAAAGAACACAUGAAAAUGAUACACGAUGGAAUUAAACCGUUCAAGUGUCCCACAUGUGGCAGAAAAUUCUAUAAAAAGAAAGAUCUGGAACAUCAUUUAACCUUAUACGAUCUCGGAGAUCAUGUGAAAUGUUCUUUUUGUGACAAAUCGUUUCACUUCGACGUUAACAGAAUUAAACACGAAGAGGUUCAUCAAGGAAAAGGUGACGGUUUUGGUUGCGCGCAUUGCGAUAAAGUAUACUUCGAUAAAGUUGCCAUCACGAGACAUCUGCGAGAGAAACAUCCGGAAUAUAUCGUCGAUCCUUGGAAAUGUAUCGCAUGUGGGAAAUGUUUCGUUACAAAAUCAUACUUAGAAAAUCAUGAAAUGAAAGAGCACGAUAUCGACGAAGUGAAACCGAUAAAGUGUACUUUAUGUGAUGCUAGAUUCCGUUUGAAAAAUUCCCUUUCAGCGCACAAGAUGAGAAAACAUAAGGGUACACCGAGACUAAAGCCUGUAAGGAGGUACGAAUGUAAAAUAUGUCCUAAAGUAUUCUUUGUGAGAUCUUCAUUUCGCUCACACGUUUACAAAAAACAUCGAAAUGAACGAAAGAAUAUUUCUGAAGCGAAGGAGCAAGAUUCUCCGGUUCCUGAACCGAACAGGGAGGAUGUUCGCGAGUCAACUGAGAUGAAUGUUUCCGGAAUCACUGAACUGGAACCUCCCGAGCUAAGUAAGGGAGAUCCUCCCGAGCUGAGCAAGGAAGAUCACCUUGAGCUAAACGCGGGACAUUUCCCCGAGCUGAACAAGUUAGAUCCUGUUGAGCUAAACAAGAAACAGUCUCUGGAGCUGAACAAGUUAGAUCCAGUUGAACUAAACAAAGAACGGUCUCUGGAGCUGAGCAAGUUAGAUCCUGUUGAGCUAAACACGGAACAGUCUCCCGAGCUGAGCAAGGAAGAUCCUCCCGAGAUACACGAAGAACAUUCUUCCGAAAUAAGCAGAGAAGAUCCUCCCGAGCUGAGCAAAGAAGGUUCUCCCGAACUAAAGCCAUCAACAACUAUCGUCCUUCCCCUGUCUGCGUAUUGAAUUUACUUAGGAGUUGAAGCUUGGUUUGCAAUCUGAAAAUUCGUAUGAAUCUUUUUCGAAGAAAAUGACCAUCAGAAGUCCGCAAUACCUCAAAAAAUUCAGAAAUUUGAUACUGAAGAAGUGCACUUUCCGUAUGAAUUGAAAUUCAUCGUUUCCGAAGCUACCUCAAUUUAUCUGAGAUUAAUGACAUAAUGACUGAGCAAUGUGUGUGCAUUUUUAGGUGCUUCGAUUAGCAAAUUGUUUUAUCGAGUAGGUAAUAUUAAUCAGGAUAAUGAGUAUUAUUCAUAUGUAGGUAUUUUAUUGUGUUCAAAGUUAUUAGUUAUUUUUUAUUUUUAUUUUAAAGCAUUCUUUCUUACAUCUGAGUAUGUACAAGUACUCACCAUAGUCAGUGUCAGUGUUACGUUUGUCUACCAUUUUAUUUUAAUUCAAUUUUUUAAAUUUGUAACUUAGGUAAGUUGGUACUUGAUGACUUUUUUUAAUUUAUUAUUUAUUAUGCGAGUACUUGAGAAUAUUUAUUCUUAUUGACGGAUACCUUUUUGUGAUCGAUUUUUAUUUGAUUUUAUAAAUAAAAAUUCAAACCAUA